GCGACCUUGUCACCGGGCCGGUGGCUGGCCACGUGACCGGCAGGGGCGGUCCUCUGUGGGGACUCUCCAGCCCCGCUCACCAGUGGGCGGAAGCGGGGACUGGCUACUUGGGUGGCACGCUCUGGGUCUGGGAACAUGGCCAGAAAGGCGCUCAAGCUUGCUUCAUGGACUGGCGCGGCUCUGGCUGCCUCGGGCUUCUACCUUUACAGUAACAAGUACUUGGAUCCUAAUGACUUCGGUGCUAUCAGGGUGGGCCGAGCAGUUGCCACGACAGCUGUCAUCAGUUACGACUAUCUCACCUCCCUGAGGAGUGUCCCCUAUGGUUCCGAGGAGUACUUGCAGCUUCGAUCCAAGGUGCACCUCCGUUCUGCCAGGCGUCUCUGUGAGCUCUGCUGUGCCAACCGGGGCACUUUCAUCAAGGUGGGCCAGCACCUGGGAGCCUUGGACUAUCUGCUUCCGGAGGAGUACACCAGCACCCUGAAGGUGCUCCACAGCCAGGCCCCGCAGAGCAGCAUGCAUGAGGUCCGCCAGGUCAUCCGCGAGGACCUGGGCAAGGAGAUCCAUGAUUUGUUUGUGAGCUUUGACGACACCCCCCUGGGGGCCGCCUCCCUGGCCCAGGUCCACAAGGCGGUGCUGCGUGAUGGGCGGACCGUGGCCGUAAAGGUCCAGCAUCCAAAGGUGCAGUCUCAGAGCUCGAAGGACAUUCUCCUGAUGGAGGUGCUUGUCCUGGCUGUGAAGCAGCUGUUUCCAGAGUUUGAGUUCAUGUGGCUGGUGGAGGAAGCCAAGAAGAACCUCCCUUUGGAGCUGGAUUUCCUCAAUGAAGGGAGGAAUGCCGAGAAAGUGGCCCAAAUGCUCAAAGACUUUGACUUCUUAAAGGUUCCCCGCAUCUACUGGGAGCUGUCCACCAAGCGGGUCCUUCUGAUGGAGUUUGUGGAUGGCGGCCAGGUCAACGACAGAGACUACAUGGAGAGGAACAACAUUGACGUCAAUGAGAUCUCACGCUACCUGGGCAAGAUGUAUAGUGAGAUGAUCUUUGUCAAUGGCUUCGUGCACUGUGACCCCCACCCUGGCAACGUGCUGGUGCGGAAAUGCCCGGGCACAGGGAAGGCGGAGGUAGUCCUGCUGGACCAUGGGCUCUACCAGGUGCUCACCGAUGAGUUCCGCCUGGAUUACUGCCACCUCUGGCAGUCGCUGAUCUGGACUGACAUGGAGAAGGUGAAGAAGUACAGCCAGCGCCUGGGGGCCGGGGAUCUCUACCCCUUGUUUGCCUGCAUGCUGACUGCCCGGUCUUGGGACUCCGUCAACAGGGGCAUUGGCCAAGCCCCGGUCACUGCCACAGAGGACGCGGAGAUCCGCAACAACGCGGCCAACUACGUCCCCCAGAUCAGCCAGCUCCUCAACCACGUGCCCCGCCAGAUGCUGCUCCUCUUCAAGACCAACGACCUGCUCCGUGGCAUCGAGGCCGCCCUGGGCACCCGGGCCAGCGCCAGCUCCUUCCUCAACAUGGCACGCUGCUGCAUCAGGGCGUUGGCCGUGCACAAGAAGAAGAACAGCCGCUCACUCUUCAGAAGGACACAGAUCUCUUUCAGAGAAGCCUUCAACUUAUGGCAGAUCGACCUUCAUGAACUCAUUCUGCGUGUGAAGGGAUUGAGGUUGGCCAGCUGGGUCUUGGCCCUACUUUGCCGGCUGUUGCCCACUUCAUACUGAGCUGAUCUGCUGUCCCCCUUUCCCUUUCCAGGGUGACUCUGUGGUGGGCAAGUGGAAUUUUCACUCUUCACUCUUCUGUCAUGUCUCCACCCAGGUGCCCUGUGUCUGUCACAUGGUAGCCUGGAGCCCCACAGUCAUUGUCUGUGGCACCAUUAUACUCCACCCUCAGAAUCCCUCUCCUCAACUGUGGCCCUUGUCUCAUAGGCUACACAAGCUGUCCUAUGCAAGAAGUUUCUCUCCUUAUCCAGGGAGAUGGCAUAAACAGUGUUUCCCACUCCUGGUGGGCGCCAUUGGGCUGGAUGUCCCCUUACUUCCGGUAACCAUUCCUCCUGUCAGGAUGGACCAUGAAUCCCACUGACUUCCUACAUGAAUUUCUAUGUUUAACUGAUGGGAGGUUUGAUUUUGUUGGAAGAGAGCAGAGUUUCUGAGCUUGCUCGGAAUGGAUUCCCUCUCCUUGCCCUAUCGUUCCCAGAGGUAUCAUACCUGAGCAAGGUGGCUUGGCAUCUGAGGCAUGAGUUCACUGCUAUUAUGGUGACUACUCUGAUGUUUGAUGUACUGUGUUUCAAUAAAAAUCCCUUCAGGGUUACAGGGAAGGGCUUUGUUGCUGGGAUUUUUAUUCUAGAUCGGGAGUGAAUCCACAUUGGCCGUUAGGUAAGAGUGGGCCUGGAUGCUGUGGGCCACUGUGUUCUACUUGGCACCUGGCCCCUGUCAUCCUUCCAGCCUUUCCCUGUGUGACCACUUCUUGCCCCUUGUAGGUGUUUCUUCCCUUCUAAGACUCUGAGACUUUGGAGAAGUUAAGAAGCCCAACUCAGUUCAGGGCCAGCAACUCAGAGGCUCUGCUGAAACCUCUGACUUGGGUUUCCCUGGGUUCUCACCACAUUCCCUGUGAGCUGGCUUUGUUCUACUCCUCGCUUCCUGCCUUGGGUUCAUCAUUUGAUGCCACCGUCCUGGAGACUGUAGUGUAAGCCUCAACCACUGUGGGUAGGGUUCCACUCUGAAAUCUCCCUGUCGCCUGUCUGGGCUCCAUGUCUCCACGUCUUGCACCUGCCAGAGCUGCCCUGCCCCCACUCACUCAUCCGCUCCUGUUCCUGGGACUUCCCCGAAUUCCUGCUGUCACUCCAGGGAGCCCGAGAGACCCCAUAUUCGGCAGGUCCUUCUAUCACUGAGCUCACGGACAGUCAUUGUAUUUGAGUCUCUCUGAUCUUACUUCACCUCAUUCACAGGGACAGGAAACUGCUAAAUUGGAGCCUCCUCUUCUCUUUAUUCCCAAUACAACAAGCAGAUUUUCCACUGACCAGAGAUGAUUUGCAAUGCCUUUAUUUCCUAAAAGAAUUAAUUGUUCUUGGUGACCAGUUGGAUGCACCCAGAGACCUGAGAGAAUAAUUUGCAAGAUCUUUUAUUAAUCAUGAGGAUACAUGCUGCAUAUUAUAUUUUAUGGUGUCUUUUAUAGCCACUGAAGUAAAUAUAAAUGUCCUUUUUGUUCAAGGUAAUGGUUACUUGCUUUUCACUUUUAGUGUAAUGGUUGGCUUCCUGCUGCCCUGGGAUCUAAAACACCAGCAUGUUACCAGUGAGCCCAGCACCCAGGACAGUUAACAACCAGGGAACCCACCCAGGACAGAGAACCUGAGAGAGUUUGGGGUUUAGGGCAAUCUGAAAGUAGGAGGGAAGUUAGUAGAUGAUUUUUGAGUGUCUUCCUCGGGGAGAGACCGUGCUGGGCUCUUUGUAAAUACGUUACAUCAUUGAAUUGUCCCACCAGCUCUGUGAGAGGGAAGGGUCAUGAAUCUCAUCCUAUAGAAAUGGGAAUCAAGGCUCAGAGAGCCUUAGUAAUUUCCCUAAGGUCACACAGCCCCUAAGUAGGGCUCCACGCUUUGGUUUUUAUUCCCCAGUGCUGUAGAUCUAGAUCACACUCGCUCUUUGGCCUGUCAAAUGUUCCUGAAUCGAGUCUCAAAAACCCCAGUUUCAGGAGGAAUUGGGUUUUCUGUGGAUGUAGCGGGGAGUCCAGUGUAUCCGCGCGGCCCAGGGCAGGAGCUGGCCCACUGUGGCCUGCAUGCAGUUCUGACCCUGGCCUUCCGGAGUCAGGGCCGAGCCCACAGGCUUCAGGCAUAGUUCCUGGAAGACGGUCCUCACUUCAGACACAAGCUGCAGGUGUGGGGGGUUUGCCAGGCCAUGUGAACUUCUGACCAACUGGCUUCAAAUGUGGGCAUUCCCACAUACCCCCAGACUCAGGGAUUUGCUAGAAUGGACUGAGAACUCAGGAAAGUAAUGUACUUGGGAUUACAGUUUGAUCAGGACCAGCCAAAUGGAGAGACACGUAAGGCAAGGUCUAGGAGGAUCCUGAACGCAAAACUUCCACGUCCUCUCCCAUGGCAUCAGGACACGUCACCCUCUCAGCCUAUCGGUGUGUUCACUGAGCCUCAGUGUUAAGGCUCUUUAUUGGGAUUUCCUCACAUAGACACCAUUGACUAAAUCAUUGAUCACAUGAUUGAACUCAGUCUCCAGCCUGCCCUUCUGUCCCCUCCUUGGAGAAGGUGGGCUGAUAUGACCCCUUCCCGGGUCCUCUAGUUAAAACUCAGGUGUGAUCCAAGGGGUGUACCCGGAAAAACAAGGUACUCCUAUGGUUGAGAAAUUCUGAGGAGUUACAGUUAUCUCCCAGGAGCUGCGGACACAGACCAGAUUCUUUAUUAUUUAAUAACCACUCGGGGGUCUUAGUUCUGUCCCCUUGGCCUGAGGUAUGUCUGUAUCGACUGACUGCGUGCCUGUGCCUUCUGGUUGGCUUGGGUGGGGCCAUAUCUGGAGCCCAGAUAUGGUCUCUCUUUCUCUAUUCUGUGGGUCAGCGACAACAUGACUGACCUUCUGGGUGGGACCUUGCUCUGAUCCCUUCUCUCGCCUCUGGAACUUGCCUUGAAUUGAUUUGGACUGGAUGCUUCCCAAUAAAAGCCUGUGACUUUUUUCCUCCCAGCAGUGACAAUGUCACAUUGCAAAGUUACCACCAACUUAUUUUAAAGACUGUUUUCCCUUUUAACACUUAAAUACUUACUCAGUUUAGGUGUGGGCUUCUUUGAUUUGGGCAGCAUGGAUAUUUUUUCCCCUUCCUCUUUUUAGGCAGAGUAGAGAGAAAUGCCAACUCUGUGGCCAUGUGUUCUAGAGCCUCUCCGGUAUGAUGCUCAGUUCAUGGGAAAUUGAGAAUCCGCUAAAUAAACAUGGCAGUAUCUAAAAUCUCAGAAUUCUUUAUCUUCAGGGCUGUUGAAAUCUGUAUAUGAAAAAUAAACUACACGUGGCCCUCCUUCUCCCUUAGGAAUAUUGUGUCUGAUUGUCAUGUUAAUUUUGACAGUACUCCAAGCCCACUCCCCAGGCCUCUAAGAAUGUAUGCAGCCCAUGAAUGUCCUCUCAGAAAGCCAGAGUGGCUCCUAGAGACACCCAAGCAAAUCCCCGGGGCAGGA